CUCCAUGCUCGGUGCGUUGGCGCCUCCAGCUGGACCUGAGGCCGGCCAUUCCAUCACGCAAGACAUGGGGGCCAUGCUUCAGAAGCUUAUGAGCCUGCCCGUUCCAUCUGACCCUCCUGGUUCUCCCAGGCGGUCGGGAAGCGCCAUCGUAACACCUUCAGUGGAAGACGUCAGCGUCGAGGCGCAGCGCUCGCGAGAGACGGGAUCGGAGACCACCGUCGCGAAGCUCAGCCUCAGUGAGCCUCAUCCGAGCGCCACUCCCACUCCAGAGGAGUGGAGUGGGAGUGGCUUUCCCCAAUGCCAUGGGGACGGCCAUCCCAGAUCCAAACAGGUUCCUGGAGGCCAGCGGUGGACGUUCCCGCCCAUAGUCCAUAGAACCACGCGGAGUCGAGCGAAAAGCAAGAGAAAGGCAAAACUAGCUGCAGCUGGGGGCGGCAGGUCAGGUCAGAGGCCGGCCGACGCAGAGCCGUCCGCGAGCGGGUCAGGUCAUUCGACCCAAUCGGGUCAUCGCAAUGACUUGCUCUUGCGCUCAUCCGACACGUUCACCUUGCACUUAGUGUAUCCCGCGGAUUGUUCCAACAACUGCACCAUUCGGUACAAUCACGUGGAAGCUAGCCAAACAGACUUCACAGAGGAGGAUGGUGGAAAGUCCAUUUUUCGUUGUGUGGAUGGCACCGACUGCGUAUGCCCCGUAUCUGACCAAGCAGUUGCGUUUCCAGUCGCUGCGCUCGACUUCGACUCGUUUGAGAGAAUGCACCACAUAAAGACCCGGAACUGCAGGAUCUGUCGUCCGGGUUUGGGUCUGGCGCGAGCCGCCAUCACCGGGCGGAUGCGGCUCAUAUACGAGCAGUCGAGCACCGUCGAACCGGAGCAGGUGGUUUUCCGAAUUUGGGAGCACGAGGGCGGGCGGACGGCGGAACCUGCGGACAAACAGCCUCCCGCCACAAACACCCUCGUCACCGUUGAGCGUACCAGCGACAGAGUGCUCAAGCCAGCCGAGUACGAGGCGCUCUUCAGCGUCCUGAUCGACCUGCGCCGCGUACAGUCUGUGCAUGUUUUUUCCUGGAUGGUCUGGACCAGCAACGACUACUUCGACAUCAGAGAGAUGGUAGACGAUCUCAAAGACGCAGGCCUGCUGGCGCUGGACAGGGAUGGCAAGCUUCGUGCCAGCGGAUCGUGCCGCUGUGACGGCGGACUUCGAGCCACUGCAGCGGACGUCUAUCCUGAACUCAAUAUGUUGAACCUUCACACCCUGGAAAGGACGUCUAAGAAGUUUGCAAAAGGAGAAACGAAAAAGAAGCGGAUUCAAGGCCUGUUCGGUAUGAUGGACGACGUUGUCGCUGGAAAGCACGCCGAUGUCGACUGGGAGUCGUUGCUGAAGUACAAUGACCCAAGUUCUGAAGAGGCAUACCUAGAUAUACCGAAGUCACGGACCCAGCACGAAAUGCUCACCGAUUAUGGGAGACGAAGCGAGCCGGGUACUUUACUGAAUAAAUUUCUCCAAGGGUUGUACGAAGUCAGUGACCUCAACGUGACAGCUGUGUGUUGCGCAUGGAAGCUGCGCAAAUCCCUGGGAGACGUUGUUCGAGAUCGUGCACGAGCUCACAGGUCGGCGCUGCGGAGGUCCACAACUACCGACCAGCCAGUGAGAGAAAAUUCGCCUCUGGACGAUGCUGUGCGGGGGAACAACGUUUACGUUUCCCUGAGAGACAUAGUCCCCAGCCGCACAGGUGCAACAAACCCCUCAACGGCAGCGCCCAAGAGUUCGGCGGCAAGUCACGCCCAGCAAGAAGGCACCAGCUCCGAGUCCAGCGCCAUAGUACGGGACGACUCGGACGUGAAGGCUCUGGCGGCCGCGGGCAAAGCAGAGUGGCACGUCUCGAAAGGCCCCACCACCAACUCGCCGGCCCGCAGCCCGACGCCGCCGGAAGAUGAGCGGGCGCUGGCGACCACGCUACAGCAGUAUCUGACGAGCUCUUCACUGUCGCGCGUAUCGUCCCUGGACAGCGGCUGUCCGGCGGCGGAGGGCGGCUCGCAAGGCGACAGGUCGGCGGCGGCCAGCUCGGACACGCCGCCCUCCUCCCACUCGGGCCUGACGUCGCCCAGCGGACACGAACGGCCGGCGGGCAGCGAUGAGGCGCGUGGAUCGGACUCGGACGCCACCGGGGCCGACUCAGAGCCCCCGCCCGAGGCGGAGACGCCGCCCGACCGGCAGCACCCGCAUGACUCAAAGGCCUCUUCAGACUUGGGCGUCUUGACGACUGACUCGGACAUGAAUGGCGUUGGUCUGAGUCAGACCAAAGGGCAGGGCGACAGCACCGCCGCGGACUAUGUCAGCGAGGGGCGGCACGAGCAGGAGGCCAUGCCACAGCGACGCCCGGAACAUGAGGACGCUCCCCAUCAAGAUGAAGAUGUUCUUUCUGACAGCUCCACCCUCAGAGGUAGCGCAUCUUCGGUAUCAAAAGAUUCCAGACGAAGAUCAUCAUCUGGGGAUUUUUCCGAAGCAAGCGACCUCGAUGACUCGGGAUCAGCGUUCUCGAAGUCUUUCAGCCCAUCAAAGGGACAAGGGCACGUUGGAAGAGAGUCGCAAGAUGAAGUGAGAUCACCGGGCGAGCGCAUUCGGCCGCUCAUCAUUCCUGAAGAGGAAAAUAGCUCUGAGGCGGAAGCGCCAUCCAACUUGCGCGAUGACGGACGGAAAACUGUUCCGGAACAAAUGUCAGGUCAUGAAGCACGGCCAGGGCACGCGGAGUGCACAGCCGGAGACACGACAAAAGACGUUCAGGGAAAAAGACUGAUCCCACCUUCCAGCCGGCCGUCCACCGGAGGCACUAGCAAGGACGCGGCUGGUGUAAAAAGUGAACCGCAAAAUAUGAAAACAGGAGAAAGCGACAAAAUGGAAGCCGCAGCUAGCCAGGCCAGAGAUGACGCGGAACGUCCGCCUGCGAUAGAUGUCGAUGAGACAGCCGACACCAUCAAAACCCUUGUAGAAGCAUGCAUGGCCGGUAACCAUGACGCACUGUCCCAGUACCUUGAACAGGCUAAAAUGGAAAUGUCAGGUCAGCGCUCGUUAGCAAUUAUCGGUCACCAGACCUUGCUCGAAGAACGGACAUACGUACGGUGCUACCGAUAUGCAAUAAAUUUGACCACCGAUUAUUCCACUCAGAACUCCGGGGGCGACGCUUGGCUGACAGGAGCGGAGACCGGCGAGGACAGUUUCGGAGCGAGCCGGACGGAGCUCACAUCCGCUUCAGUCAAGGAUUUCGCAACUGUUCGGGCAACGUCAGGCGACGUCUUCAUGGCUGUGGAUCUCUGCUCUGAAGGUGUCCCUGCCAUCCCUGAAACCCCUGAAGUCAGCAAGGAUGAGGACUUGCAAAGCAAUGUAGCGGCCGCGACUGCCGAGGGCGGAAGUCUGUGGCCUUCUGAGGACAGUCCAAAUGAAUACUCCGAGGAAGACACAACACAUUAUUUUGGACUGAAUUCCAUCAUUCAAAGGCAGCAGAUAAAGCGCACCAGGCAAGCCCGCUUUCUCUGCAGACAACUGAUCAACCAGCCAGGCCAGUACAUAAAUUGCAUGUGCAUGUUUCAAAUUCAGCAGGAGCACACUCAUCGUCUGCGUUCCUUGUUAGAUGAGAUGUUGAAAAAAGGGCGCUUCUUUGCAUUUCUUGAGCACCAAGACAACGCCAUUGGCCAUGUCUGCAAGAACAGCGUCAUGGCUACCGUUUGGGAAGCUCGAAAAGCAAGAGAAGAACGGAUCGAGCAUCUGCAGGAUUACAUGAUUGUGCUAGGCUUAAAUCAGAAUCCAUCCGUUCAUUCCAGGUUCUUUUGCACGCCGGGAAAGCACGAGAACGUCACAGGAGCAAAGACAUCCCGGACAGAUGGGACAGAAUCGGCGUCAGAGAGGCAACUCGCUGAGAUAACGCCUGAGAAAUGUUCUUUGCGAGUGUGCAAGCACCAUCUGAAACAAAUCGCAUCACCGAAAUGCUUCUUUGACGUGACACGUCGUGACCCGGUGACUCACAUGAGUUUGCACGAGGAACUUCUGAGUAAAGCGCUACGCACGAGCGGGCAGACGCCGUAUGAGAUGUUCACAUCGGUUUACAUUACGCAGAAGCUCCUCCGGACCCUGUGCGAGGCUUGCAACCGGUACCUCAGAGGUGGCAAACGCCGCGACCAACCCUGCAGGAAGAUCAGCGAGGGUGAAAUGCGUCUCUUCAUCCUGCAGAUGGUGUAUCUGGCGUCUCGCCAUAGCGUCCACAAGCGCUGGGACCGCGCGCCACGAGGGCGCCGCUGCAGCCGCACACCAGUCACGCCACCAGUCGCCGAGGAACCACAUGAGACGGCGGACACUGGGGAUCCGGAGAGGUCCCUGUCCACCGAUCAGCCAAGCCGACCGCGCGAAGACUGUACCAACGAGGACCUAGCGCAGGGAAACGCAACUGAGGACCCAGACCAGUCUGCCCCCGCUGCAGGCUCGGGCCCGCAGCGUGGCUCGCCGGAGCCGACGAAGCGCGGAGCGAACGGCGGAGACGGCCCCGCCAGCCGGGGCCGGGCGAACCCCGCGCGGCUGCGCCGCUGCAUGACCCGCACGCGCUUCGGGGAGAUCGCCGACAGCUGGUGUGCGUUUGACUUCUGCGAGCAGCCGCAAGACGUCAGCCGCCUCGAGGCGCUGCGGGAGGCGAUCGACGUUCUGAUGGGGAGCGCGCCGGUGGCUGCUCGGCCUGCCCUGCUGGCGGCGGCGACGCGGCCCGUGCGCUGCCGGUGGGACCGGCACCGGCUC